AUAUCAGAAACAUGGCUUGAUAAUGAGAAAGUUAGUGAAAUGGGACUGGAAGGAUACGAAUUAUUUACAAUGAACAGGGUGAAUAAAAAAGGAGGCGGUGUUGCUUUAUAUGUAGAUAAAGUUUUGAAAUGUAAUCUGAUUGAAUGUAUGUCAAGCAUCAUAGAUGACGUAAUGGAAUGUGUUACUAUUGAAAUCCAUGUUGAAAAAGCUAGCAAUAUAAUUAUAAGUUGCAUCUAUAGGACACCAGGAUCAUGCCUUGAGACAUUCAAUGAAAAACUUGCUGCUAUGUUUAGCAACCUAAAUGAUAAAAAAGUGCAAAUAAUUUGUGGUGAUUUUAAUAUAGAUUUGCUAAACCCAAACGGACAUCAGAAAACAACAGAUUUCAUCAGUACAAUGUAUAGUAACUGCCUUUUCCCUGUAAUUAUAAAACCAAGUAGAAUAACAAUUGACACAGCUACAUUGAUAGAUUAUAUAUUCACAAAUAAAAUUGACCAUGAAAUAGUAGGUGGACUUCUUAUAACUGAUAUAAGCGAUCAUCUUCCUGUUUUUGCAAUUUUUCAAAAUUAUUUUGGGAUUAAAACUAAAAAAAAGAAUCAAACAUUUGAUAUGAUAGGACAUAGAACAACAAGAGCCAUUGCUGCCCUCCAGGUGGACUUAAAGGAACACAAUUGGUAUGAGGUUUUUGCAAAUGAAGAUUCAAGUAGUGCAUAUGAUGCAUUCCUAUCAGCUAUAAUUUUACUAUAUGAAAAACAUUGUCCUUUAAUGAAAAUCACUAGAAAGCAUCACAGAUCAAAUAAGCCAUGGAUCACAAAGGGGAUAGAAGAUGCAUGUAAAAAGAAAAAUAAUCUAUAUAAGAUAUUCAUAAAACAGAGGACGAAAGAUGCUGAGAUAAAGUACAAGUUAUAUAAAAAUAGAUUAGUAAAUAUUAUAAGAACAAGUAAGAAAGAAUAUUACCACACAUUAUUGGAGCAAAAUAGAAGUAACACACAAGAAACAUGGAGGAUAUUAAAUAGUAUAAUCAAAAAGGGCUCAAAAAAUAAGAAUUAUCCAGACUAUUUUAAAAAAGAUAAAGAUAUUGUGCUUGAUAAAACUAAAGACAUUGCAAAUGAAUUUAAUGAUUUCUUUGUAAAUGUUGGCUUUAAUUUAGCAAAAGAAAUUCCAGAGUCAAGAAAUAAUAACGACCUAAAUAAACAUAUUACUCAGAAUGUGUCCUCCAUGUUUAUUGGUGCUGUAACUCAUAGAGAAAUAAUUAACAUUGUGAAGACAUUUAAAAAUAAAAAGUCCACCGACUGUUUUGGUAUUGACAUGAAAUUAGUUAAGAGUAUUAUAGAAUAUAUAGUGCAACCUUUCGCAUACAUUUGUAAUCUGUCCUUUCGAACUGGUGUGUUUCCCUCACAAAUGAAAUAG